AUGGCUUACUACUCUCAUUUGAUCACUUGGUUGGCCUUCUUUUCCCUCUUAUUAUUCAACUCAUGCCACAGCUUCAAUCCUAAAGAUUCCAAAGAUUGGGGCUGGGGCUGGGGUUCACCCUUUGGCUCGGGUACUCCCCCAACUUAUGGCUCGCCCCCGAAUGAUGGUCCCAGUUCAGGUUCAGGUUCAGGUACUCCCCCGACUUAUGGUCCACCCGCGAGUUAUGGUUCGGGAUCAGGUUUGCCACCACCUUCGAGUUACGGUGCGACGCCCGGGUAUGGUUCGGGAUCGCCACCACCUCCAAGUUACGGUUCGAACCCUGGAUAUGGUUCGGGUUCGCCACCAUCCCCGAGUUACGAUUCGAACCCACCUCCAUCCCCGAGUUACGGUUCGACCCCUCCGCCAUCCCCGAGUUACGGUUCGACCCCUCCGCCAUCCCCGAGUUACGGUUCGACCCCACCUCCGUCCCCGAGUAAUGGUUCGACCCCGAGUUACGGUUCGCCCCCGAGCUCAGGUUCGGGGGGAUGGGGAACUACCCAAGCAACUUGGUAUGGAGAGAAGACGGGUGCUGGAAGCGACGGUGGUUCGUGCGGAUAUGAAACCGCAGUCGAGAAGCCUCCGUUUUCUUCCCUAAUAACCGCAGCUGCGAGUCCUCUCUACAAAGAUGGCAAUGGUUGCGGCCUAUGUUACCAGGUACAAUGCACUUCGGAGCAUUGUUCGGGUACACCGGUGACGGUGGUAAUAACAGAUGCGUGCUAUGGUUGUGGUGAUAGUCACUUGUUCGAUUUAAGCGGCACUUCCUUUCGACAAAUGGCUAUUCCCGGACAAGAACAACAACUUCAAGACAGAGGAAUCAUCGACGUUCAAUAUAAAUCGGUUCCAUGCAAUUUUCCGGGCACAAAUGUGGCAUUCCGGGUUGACCCGGGCUCCAACGCGAACUAUCUUGCGGUGGCCAUCGAAUACGAAGAUGGGGACGGGUUGACAGAUGUCGCCGUGAGGAAGUCCAACACGAAUGGUGAUUGGAUCCCGAUGACUUUGUCUUGGGGUGCUGUGUGGAAGGCUAACCUCAACGGGAUUUCGCCGCCGUUUUCCUUCAAGUUGACUGACUCUUCAAAAACCGUGGUGGCCGAAAAUGUUAUUCCGGCCGACUAUGGCUUCACAACCUACACAUCGAAUGUCAACUUUUAA